CACCUCUCUUCUCUAUUGUCUUGCAUCUCUCUCUCUCUCUCUCUCUCUCUCAGCCUAGCUCGCUUUGCUGUGUUGGGAAUUUGCAGCUCGUCGGUUUCAUUCACCAGCUACCUUCCAAAGAAGCCCAUUCCUGUAGCUGCGACUUGGAUUUUAAUGCCAGAUGCACGAGGAUUAGCAGAUCGCCCUGAGGAGCUAUCCUGGAAUUAUCACAGAAGGAGGCGGAGGAGGGAGGAGGGAAAGAAAAAGGCAUUGUGGAAGAGAGAGGAGCAGGCAAAAUAAUAUCGCUUGGAAACGGCUGCAACUGAUCAGAGAAAUUGCUGUGCAAGCACCAGGUAGCACAGCAUGCCUUUCUUCCUAAACCCUGAACUGAGCACCCAAUAGUCUUUGGUUUCUGUGGUUUUUUCCUGCAAGAGAUGUCUGCAACCAGAGGCAAUGGAGAGCACUGGAAGUCCUUGGGGAUCAGCUGUAAGGAGCUGGCUCUUGCAGAAGCUCUACAGAUGGAGUAUGAUGCUUUGUCCCGCCUGAGGCAAGACAAGGAGGAGAGCCAGGCAAAGCAAAAUACAGACCAACCUCUCAUUUCCUGGGAUGAUCCAAUUCUGGAUUACAACAAACCUGCUGUAAGGAAUGACUGCCACAAUAUCAAGGUCAUGCGAGGCCUCUCUGGCUCAGACCCCACCCUUAAUUACAAUGCCCUCUCUGGUCAGGAGGUUUCGAGAGCUUUUGGGACCAACAAUACUACCUCAUCUGGCUUGCUGCCUGAGCCAGAGACCCAGCCUUGGUUGAAGGGACCUCUCUCCAGUGACUACUUGUACAUCUUUGACAGCACAGGGGAUGACUUCCUCACUGAGCCCCCCAAUAGUACAUCCCACCAGAACAGUAGUAGCAGCAGUUCUCCUAAGAAGCUUUCUCCUCCCCCAUUGCCUCCUCGCAUUGCCAUCUGGAACACCUCUGAAGUGAAUCAAGCUUCCUUCAAAGGGUCCCAACCCAAUGAUAUCAACAUGUUCUCCUCAGCACAUGAGAGGGCUGAUGGAAAAUUGCUAGGUCGUAGAAUCUCAGAAGAGGAUCCAUAUAGCACAGUGGACUAUGAUGGCAUUAACGAUGCCAUUACCCGCCUAAAUCUCAAGUCCACUUAUGACAGUGAUCUUCUGAGGGAAGCCACAUGGAGCUGGAAGGAAGGCAGAAGUAUUUUUGAGAAAGAAAGCAGCGGGAAGCCAGUUGCUCGCAGCAAGACAAUGCCUCCCCAGGUGCCUCCCAGGACCUAUGUCUCUAGGUCUGGUGGGCGGAAGAACACUGCAGCCAACAAGAACCGGAGGAUAUCUGCAGAUCCGACCACUUCUCGGCAUUAUCCUGCGGCCAAUGGCUAUGAGCUGUUUGAGGUUUCUGAGGAGAAGGAUGAAGAGGUUGCUGCUUUCUGCCAUAUGCUGGAUGUACUGAGAUCUGGCUACAGUACCAAGGACUACUCCCUUACUGGUUAUGUCUGGAGCACUGUCAACCUCAGUCCCGAACACCUCGGCCUUGGGGUCAGCUUGAAAGUGACUGUGGUUUACGACAGCCUGCAGGAGCCUCUCACUUUCACUUGUGACUGCUCCUCCACGGUGGACUUGCUCAUCUAUCAGACAUUGUGCUACACUCAUGAUGACUUGCGGGACAUUGACGUGGAUGACUUUGUACUCAAACUGUGUGGCCUGGAGGAAUUCCUGCAAAACAAAUAUCCACUGGGAAGUCAUGAAUACAUUCAACACUGCAGGAAGUUUGACAUUGACAUCCGGCUACAGUUGAUGAAGAGGAAAGCUGUGCGCAGUGAUUUGGCAAGGACGGUGAAUGAUGACCAGAGUCCUUCCACACUCAACCACUAUGUUCACCUCCAGGAAAGGCCAAUCAAGCAGACUAUUACCAGGCAGGCCUUGAGCCUUCUCUUUGAUACCUUCCACAAUGAAGUUGAUGCAUUCCUAGCCUCUGAGGGAGACUUCCAGUUGAAGGCAGAGCGGGUGAUCCAGUCUGUCAUGGCUAUUUGCAAUGCUCUGGCUGCUGUGGAGUCCCAGGAGAUCACAGGAGCUCUGAAUCAGCUGCCACCUUGUCCAUCUCGCAUGCAGCCCAAAAUCCAGAAGGAUCCAAACACUUUGGCAGUGAGGGAAAACAGAGAGAAGGUUGUGGAAGCUUUGACAGCCUCCAUCUUGGAUCUAGUAGAGCUCUACUGCAACACGUUCAAUGCAGACUUCCAAACUGUGAUUCAUGGGAACAGAAAACAUUAUCUCUCCCAAGAGGCCCGGCUCCUCACCUGUCCCCUGUCCUUCACUGUCUAUGCCACUCAUCGCAUACCCAUAACCUGGGCUGCAAGCUACGAAGAUUUCUACCUCUCCUGCUCACUCAGCCAUGGGGGCAAGGAGCUCUGCACCCCCCUGCAAACCCGAAAAGCUCAUGUGUACAAGUACCUCUUCCAUCUCAUCGUCUGGGACCAGCAGAUCUGCUUCCCAGUUCAAGUGAAUCGCCUUCCACGAGAGACUCUUCUGACAGCCACGCUCUAUGCCAUUCCUGUCCCACCUCCUGGGAGCUCUUCAGAGACAAACAAGCAACGUCGUGUCCCAGAGGCUUUAGGCUGGGUCACCACCCCACUCUUCAACUUUCGGCAGGUCCUGACCUGUGGACGGAAGCUCCUGGGUUUGUGGCCAGCAACUCAAGACCCCUCUAGUACCAGAUCAAGUGCUCCCAACUUCAACCAGCCUGACAGUGUUAUUUUGCAGAUUGACUUCCCCAGUUCAGCAUUUGAAGUCAAGUUUACCCGCCCACCGGCAGCAGCUUUCAGUCCCCAGUACAACUUUAACAGCCUCUCCGAAGGAGACCAGUGGAAGCUGAAGGAGGUGAUGCAGAAGGAAUCACUCUAUUGGCUAACAGAUGCUGACCGGAAGCGGCUAUGGGAGAAACGUUAUUACUGCCACUCUGAGCCAGGCUCACUGCCUCUGCUGCUUGCUAGUGCCCCAAGCUGGGAGUGGGCCUGCUUGCCUGACAUCUACGCCCUGCUGAAGCAAUGGACACACAUGAAUCACCAGGAUGCUCUUGGGCUACUGCAUGCAGCGUUCCCAGAUCAGGAGGUGAGGAGGACAGCUGUGCAAUGGAUUGAUUCCAUAUCUGAUGCUGAGCUACUGGAUUAUCUGCCCCAGCUGGUACAAGCCCUCAAAUAUGAAUGUUACCUGGACAGUCCCUUGGUGCGGUUUCUUAUGAAGCGAGCCAUCUGUGACUUGAGGAUCACCCACUAUUUUUUCUGGCUGCUGAAAGAUGGUCUUAAGGAUUCUCAGUUCAGCAUCCGUUACCAGUAUCUGCUGGCAGCUCUGUUGUGCUGCUGUGGGAAGGGCCUGCGAGAGGAGUUUGACCGCCAAUGCUGGCUCAUUAACACGCUGGCUAAACUGGCUCAGCAGGUCCGUGAAGCUGCUCCAUCAUCACGGCAGGCCAUCCUUCGAGAGGGGCUGGAGGAUGUAAGGCAAUUCUUCAGUGUUAAUGGCUCCUGCCGCCUACCACUUAGUCCCAGCCUGCUGGUGAAGGGGAUUGUGCCCAGGGAUUGUUCCUAUUUCAACUCCAAUGCUGUUCCUCUGAAGCUCUCCUUCCAGAAUGUUGACCCUCUUGGGGAGAAUAUCCGUGUUAUUUUUAAGUGUGGAGAUGAUCUCCGGCAGGACAUGCUAACUUUGCAGAUGAUCCGCAUAAUGAACAAGAUCUGGGUGCAAGAAGAUUUAGACAUGCGCAUGGUCAUAUUCCGUUGUUUUUCCACAGGCCGUGGUCGGGGGAUGGUAGAGAUGAUCCCUAAUGCAGAGACCCUGCGAAAGAUCCAGGUGGAGCAUGGGGUGACAGGCUCCUUCAAGGAUCGUCCCCUGGCAGACUGGCUACAGAAGCACAACCCCAAGGAGGAUGAAUAUGAGAAGGCAGUGGAGAACUUCAUCUAUUCAUGUGCUGGCUGCUGUGUAGCCACUUAUGUCCUGGGAAUCUGUGACCGACACAAUGACAACAUUAUGCUCAAGACCACAGGACACAUGUUCCACAUUGACUUUGGCAGGUUUCUGGGCCAUGCUCAGAUGUUUGGCAACAUCAAAAGGGACCGGGCUCCGUUUGUCUUCACAUCAGACAUGGCUUAUGUCAUCAACGGUGGUGACAAGCCCUCCAGUCGCUUCCAUGACUUUGUGGAUCUCUGUUGCCAGGCCUACAACCUGAUCCGCAAGCAUACCCAUCUCUUCCUCAACCUUUUAGGCCUGAUGCUCUCCUGUGGGAUCCCUGAGCUCUCUGACCUUGAAGACCUAAAGUAUGUUUAUGAUGCACUGAGACCACGGGACUCUGAGGCAGAUGCUACCACCUAUUUCACCAGGUUGAUAGAGUCCAGCCUAGGCAGUGUGGCCACGAAGCUCAACUUCUUCAUUCACAAUCUGGCACAGAUGAAAUUCACAGCCUCAGACUCCCGGCCAGUGCUCUCUUUUGCCCCCCGUGUGCAUACGAUCAAGACGUCCAGCCGGAUCCUUGACGUCUUCCUCUGCCGUCAUGAAAAAGUCUUCAAUCCCAGCAAGGGCUUUAUAUACAUUGUGAAAGUGAAACGAGAGAAUCCCUCUGAGGUCACCUACAUCCAGCGUACCUUUGAAGAGUUCCAGGAGCUGCACAACAAACUGCGCCUCAUCUUCCCCUCUUCACAUCUUCCUAGCUUUCCUAGCAGGUUUGUGAUUGGACGCUCACGAGGAGAGGCAGUGGCUGAGAGGAGGAAAGAAGAACUGAAUGGGUACAUCUGGCAUCUGAUCCAUGCAGCUCCAGAGGUGGCUGAGUGUGACCUGGUAUAUACGUUUUUCCACCCACUUCCGAGGGAUGAAGUUGCUGCAGGCACCAAUCCAGCACCAAAACCUGCAGAUGCAACAUGGUCCCAACCUGUUGGAAAAGUGGGUGGGGAGGUGAAACUGUCCGUUUCCUACAAGAACAACAAGCUCUUUAUCAUGGUGAUGCAUAUCCGAGGUCUGCAGCCUAUUCAGGAUGGUAGUGAUCCCGACCCUUAUGUUAAGAUCUACCUUCUGCCUGAUCCCCAGAAAACUACCAAGAGAAAAACCAAAGUCGCUCGAAAAACAUGCAACCCUACUUACAAUGAAAUGCUUGUCUAUGAUGGGAUUCCUAAAGGAGACCUCCACCAGAGGGAACUGCAUCUGAGUGUCCUGAGUGAAGAGGGCUUCUGGGAGAACAUCCUUCUUGGGGAGGUCAUUAUUAGGCUACGGGACCUGGAUCUGACACAGGAGAAGAUGGGCUGGUUUGAAUUAGGCUCUAGGAGUCACGGGACCAUGUGAAGAGCAGCAAGGCAGCCAUCAUGUCUUUGAAACCACUCUGGCCCCAUGGGAGUCCCUGGGAAUUGGUGCAUGUUCCAGGAGUUCUAUCCUGGUAUAUCUGAAAGGAUUUCGUUUCCUGCAAAUAAGGAUGGAUAUAAAAGUUUCUCUGCAAAUGAAGGGUUAAUUUCAUGUGGAGAGUGAGCAUUUUUGGACUUGAGUCAUGAUAGGAAAUUCAUGUAUGACCUAAAAUGGCUGCCAUAGACUGAUCUUUUUAUACAUUUACCUUGUGUCAAGGGAGCAAUGACUAAACAGCGAGGGAGGGUUGAAAUGACAGGGCUUUUUUCUCCCCUCUUCGGGAUAUUUUAAUUUUUUAAAAACAAAACAAAUUAUUUCAGUCCAUAUGGGACAUAGAAUAAAUGCUGAGAAGGAACUUUA